AAUCCCUGCCUUUGUCAUUGCUGGCUGCGCCUUCUCUCCCCUUAUCUCUUAGCUCUUCUCUCCUAUACUUGACUUCUCUGGAUCGAUUUACGCACGUGUGCAGAGUACAGUUCAUUGUUCAAAUUGUCCGCUUAUUUGUUUAUUUUCCUUAUCUAGAUUUCAAGUUGUGGUUUACAAUCUUAGUAGCUGACUCGUCUAGUUUACUGGUCAUAUGCGGAGAUACUGUCGUGGAAAAGUGACCAAGAUUGUGAAGAAAUUGGUGCGCGAGUGGAUAUCUGAACAUCCAGGUUGAGUCCGUUUACUUCUGUGUAUUAUAGUGCUGUCGCCGCCGUGACGGAGGACAGCGAUUUCGGUGGAAGCGUGCCACAUUACAUUGCUGGCCAUGACGAGUGGCAAGAUAGAUGCAGACAGUUCAAUGCACUUCGGCAUUCGGAAGCGGGAAAUUGGUAGUGGUUGGACAUCCGCACUCAGAGUGAGCAAGGGCUCUCAUCGGGUUAGGAAACCGUCCUUGCCUCUACCACAAGCGUAGUACCCACCUCCGAUCAUCAUACACACCUAUUCCCCUGAAGUGAUUCACUCCAAGCCAGAUGAUUUCAUGUCGUUGGUUCAGAAGCUGACUGGUUCCAGCGACACCAGGUUGCGACUGAAGAGAUCACCGUGUGAGAAUGACAAGCCCGUCGCUCUGAAGGAUGCCUCCACUAAUCUCGAGCGGCAACGAUCACUUGCGAUGAACGGUAGUGGAUCGGCGUCCAGUUCGGAUGAUUCGGCUCUAUUAGUUGUUGGAUCCAGUCGUAGUCGGAAAGGAAUUAAGCAGUCCGCUUCUCCGAAGAGUCCCCUGGACUCACCUUUUGGAUUCGACCACAGCAAGACUGCAUUUCCUAACCUCAACAUCCCAUUGCUCCCCAACACUCAGGUGAAGACAGAGCCAGUUUUCUCAUUCAAUGACAACGAAUUCUUCAACGUUAUGGCAGACUUCAUGCACCAAUCAUCUGCUCCGAGGACCGCAACGAUGCCGCUCUCAGGUAGACCUCCAGUUCAGGAAAUGGGGGCUCCCUUCAACACUACCUCACUACAGUUACCGGAUUUCCUCUCUACCAAUCUCGUGCCUAGUGUGGCUGAUCCCUCACCAGGGUUGUCCCAAUCUUAUCUCGACUGCCUCACUGCUCCUGCAUCUUCUUACCAGAUGCCCUAUCAGUGUCAACGAUACUCGGGGGAGUAUUUGCCAUUUCCGGAUGUUUCUACCAUAUCGUCUCUCGAAAACAUCCAAGCCUUUAUGUUGUCAUGAAUCUAUGGACAGGAGCUUGGAAUGAACAUUAUCUCGAAAUAUCAAAAUCCCUUAGCUCACCACUGCAGAAAUGGAACACGAAUCUUGACGCAAUUCAUCUUAAGGUGAAGGGUCGCCAAUCGUGGUGAUGGUGGUGAUCAGCAUCAGAGGUUUCAAGCGAAUGCCAAAAAUUUUGAUGGAGUUAUCAACCUUGUAACAUAGAAUCAGGAGUGUACCAUAAACUAGAUGUGUGAUUCCGACAUAGGAUACCUGGAACUGUGCAUGGUAGACACAGGUAGAAGGAUGCUAAUCAGUAUUCACUAGUGUUGAUAAGUAGGGCGAACUUUCGACAAUGUACAGUUAGUAACAUUUAGCUCAACUGAAGAAGUUUAUACGAACAUGUGUAGUGUUCAUCGCUGUAAGAAAGCUUCGCUUUUCGA